AUGAAAGCUUCAGUUGCUUCGGCUGCCAUUCAACAUGGACUUCUUGAAUCGGUAGAGGAUUCCAUCUGUCUUACCGACCUGUUUGUAGCUCUUGAUGGCAUGAAACAACUCAAUGCACAUAUGAAACGAGAGAUUGCAGAUUUGAAGAAGACCAAACAAACCUAUGUUGAGAUGAUCAGUCUUACUGGUAAAAGAGACCCUCUUCUUGAUUGCGGAGAUUCAGCCAUUGAAAUCAGUCCUGGAGAGCGGGAGAGAUAUCAACUAAAGGAGAUGAUUGAUGAUCUAGGAUUUCAGAUUUGUAAACAAGAAAGUAUGAUCAAGAAACUCAGAUAUCAACUCUCAGUCUUUCACAAGAAUGUACUCCAUGAAAAGGAAUCUAUGUAUGACAACAUGACUUACAUUGACCGAGCUGUGGUUGAGUCCAUCCAGACCGAUAUCGAGAUACCAACAAUCAAAGCGGAAGACCUUUCAUUCCUCGUUGGAGCUGAUAUUGAUGAGGAUGAUGAUCUGAUUGGAAAGGGUUCCUUUGGUAAAGUAUUCUUAAGAGAGUACCAAGGUGAAGCUGUAGCUGUCAAAGUACCUUACAUCAGUGAGGGUGUCAGGGAUGAGGAUGAUCAGAAGAGAAUGAUUCGAAUCAAAGCUGAUCAUGCCCGUACCACCAUGGAAGCCCUCGUCAACAUCGCUUUCGCUGAUCAUCCAUCAUUCCCAAAGACAGUUGGUGUUGUUGAUAUCAAAGGUGCUCCAUCUCUCAUCCUAGAGUUCCUUGGUGAUAAGAUGACCGGUACAAGCUUCCCUCUCAGUCAGGCCAUCAAGUUCCAGAUUCCAUCUAUCUCAAAAGAAAACUGGUUUGCCAUCAUCAUGGACAUUAUCAGUGGAACGAAAGCCAUGCACGAGAAAGGUCUCUUACAUAACGAUCUAAAAGCUAACAACAUUCUCUUACAAUGGGACCUGGAGGAUCAAAGAUGGCAUGCUUUCAUCAUUGACAUGGGGAAAGUCUCUACUCAAACCAUACCACAAAAGCACAAGCAGUUACCUAAAGAAGAGUUGGAGGGGUACAAACAGGGCAUCCUCUUCCCUCAUCUGGCUCCAGAGUACAUCCUUGAUCUGCAACCUAUGAGUGUUCAAACUGAUAUCUAUUCCUUAGGCGUGUUGCUGGCUCGGAUUGAUAAGGUUCUAAGAAGUCGACCUCUUCGUGACCUCGCAGCCCAGAUGACCAAUGUCAAUCCUCGUCUACGACCCUCUUGGAAACUCAUCGAGAAGGUCAUUACUGUGGCUCAGAAGAGAAACUUCUCAUAA